UUCCAGUAUGGUUAAUCUUACUGAAGAAUGGCUCUUCAGAACCACGUGCUUUAAAAACGAUUCUAAAUCUACAUAGACAUAAUUUCAAAUUGCAAAUUGUAGCCUGUUUAAUUUUCUGGCUAGGAGCACAGCUUUAUUUAACUCACAAUUUGUCAUUUAUAAAAACUUGUAGAGAUCUGGCUUAAAUUGUCUUUUUAGUUUACAAAUUAUACAUAAUAAAGGAUUUGCGCAGCAAAAAAUGUAGCUGGUUUGAUUAGGGUAAAAUUGUCCCAUUCUUUGAUAUGGUACCCUAUAGGAAUCAUUAUUAUUUUGUGUUGACCUUUAAGUAUUUGAGUAGCCAUUGGGAGAAAGAGGUCUCCCUGGGUUCACAAUUGGUGAAGCUGAAGUGCAGCAGGGACCGGGGGCUGCUCCUUAACCCUGCAUGAAGUCAUGGAGGUUACUGCUCUUUGUAAAGAGCCAAACUCUUAGCGACUGAGAGAAGUCCCCUACCAUUCUGAGAAUGCAUGUGGUGGGCAAGGAGAAGAAGGUACAAUCCUCAUUGAUAGCUUCUUCCUAAUAACUGUGGACUGAGGAGUUCAGAUUUAACCAACUCCAUUCCUGGGUUAUCUAAGAAUUGUCAUUUUACUGGUUGCCAAAAGCUGUUGUUAAUUACUUUUCCUCAUGAAGUUCAGAUGCCAAUAAAAGCUGAAGGAAAACUGGCAAAGAAAGGCAGUGCAAUAUUAUUAUUUAUUGGGUUCUGUUAGAUUUGACUCAAACAGCUGACACACAUGUCCCUAAACUAAGCCUAAAAAGCUUCACACAAAAAACCAGUGCCAGCACCAAAGGAUAUGUUAUCACAGAGGUAGGUGGCAAGAGAUUUUUGCCCCCUAAGGCUGGUAUUUGGCUUGGUUGAGCCCUACCCAGAAGCCAGCGUAUAGAAGUGAGCUGAAAAGAGCUAUUUAUGUAUAUGUUCAGAAUGGGUGGAUAUUGUUACACCGGUCUGAAGGCAAAGAAGAGGGAACAGGAAAUCGCCCUUACACUUAGGCAACUUGCAAGAGAAGUAGGAGAGAAGAAUCAAACUCACUGGUACAAUCUUUUAUAGCACAGUGACCCCUAGAACACAGUCUAGUGUGUUCUCACACAUCCAUAGCAAUUCCUCCUCCCUGGGAGGGAGGUGGCCUAGAGUGAGGGCUUGAGCAAGUCCUCCCUCUUAAAGGCCUACCAUUUUAAGGUAAUUUGGGAAGAACGUUAACACCUCCUUAGGCCCAUCAAUCCUAACUGAAUUGACUGAGGUUUUAUAACAUAAACAGUAGUCUGAAACACUAAAAAGCUUACUUUCAUAUUAAAUGGCUUCAGAACGCUGUAUGAAGUCGGUAUUAAGAUGUUUUUUAUCUUGCUACCAGGGCUUGGAGAUGGAAAUGUCAUAAUUUACAAUUGGAUUUCUGUUACAAUGGGGAUAAUAAGACCUCAACCCAUAAGACUAGCUCAGUAAUACUUAUUUACUAAUACAUUUCAUCAAUGAAGUUGGAAAAGAGAGAGCAUUAUAAAAUUACAAUUCAGAGAUAAGAGAUGGUGCCAACGAUUUUAAAGUAUUUCACGUUUUGUCAUGCGGAAACAGGGCCCUGAGAUCAGAGAAUUGGGUGAGGAUUUGGAGGGAGCUUAAUAUCUUAAUCACUUAAUUUCUUCUAGUUUCCCCGUGGGUCUAAAUUGGUAGUGUUUCUUCUUGCGGGGAGGAGACUGAAAUUCUGAAGGUUGUGCUACUGGCUAGUACAAAGAGCCGGUGACCUUGGGCGAGUAACUUAAUGAGUCUUCCUGGGCCUCAGCGACGUUCAACCAUAAGACUUUACCCAGGAUUUGCUUCAAAUAAUUUCCACUUCUUCGUUAGAGCUGCUCUUAGGAAAAUCAGCAUAUACAUAACUCGCACAGAGUAAACUGAACCAUGUGCAGAGAGAAGAAUCCGAAAGUCAUUAAUUUUAAAAUGACCAACCCUCUCGAAACUAAUUUGUUUAGUCCUUCCCUAAAUUGCCAGUUGAGCCCUGCCACUCGGUCGGGCCUAAGCUGUGGUGGCCCAGGCAGCCCACCCGGGUGUCAAUCACUUGACCCAGUGGCGUAGCCAACGGCUCCCUUCCUUCUCGAAACCCUCACGGAAAGAAGUGCCCCAAAACACUCCUGGGAAAUUGUGAGGAAGAGAAACUGUCAACGUCGGAAGACGUUCAGAAACCCUUUGCCACACCCGGUAGUCCCUGCCCCAGAGCAUACUUCACGGCCUCCAGACCCCAAGAUCUGGAAAACAGAAUAAAACGCCCCGGCGGCUGCACUCACGCACUUUCCGGCAUUCCACAGCCAUAAUAUGGCCUCCGACCACUUCGACUCCAGGGUCGGUCAGCCUCGAACAGGGCGGUGUUGAUGUGGGGCAGCCAGUCAGAGAAGGGGGCGGGGCGCCGUCCGGAAGAGCCCCAGCGCGAUUGCGCGGACACUUCCGCGAGGAUUUGCGCUCUUUCCCUAGGGCGCAAGUGGGCGGGGCUUGUCGUCCUAACUACCCGGGAGCGUUUGUCCUCGCAACUCUAAUCUCAGAUUUGGCCCGGGUUUGCGCUUGCUGCAGCAUGGGUCCCAAAGCAAAAAAGUCUGCCAGGAAGAAGAAAAUCACCAAAGCUGAACGGUUAAAGCAGCUACAGGAGGAGGAGGAGAGACGGCAAAAAGAGGAAGAGGAAACCCGUGUGAAACAUGAAAAAGAAGAAAUGGAAAGACUUGAAAGACAACGGGUUGAGAGAGAAAAAUGGCAUCAACUUGAAGCAAAAGAUCUAGAAAGGAGGAAUGAAGAACUUGAAGAACUUUAUUUAUUAGAGGAGUGUUUUCCUGAAGCAGAGAAGUUGAAACAAGAUACUAGAUUGCUUUCUCAGUGGAAUCACUACAUUCAAUGUGAUGGAAGUCCUGAUCCUUCAGUAUCCCCAGAAAUUAAUACUUUCAUUAGUCUGUGGAAAGAGGAAACAAAUGAGACUUUAGAGGAAGUGAUCGCGAAGAGUAAAUUAGUGCUAAAUUUAAUUGAGAAAUUGAGAUUACUUUUAUUGCAAACGCCAUCAUAUGAUUUGGAAGAUAAAGCUAUAAUACAAUACCAAGGAUCAAUUCUAGAGCUGCAGGAGCUCCUCCAUCUUAAGUUCAAUGUAGCCACAGAACGACUUCUCAGACAAGCUAGUACAUUAGCAGAUCUGGAUAGUGGAAAUAUGGAAAAAGUCAUUCAAGAUGAAAAUGUUACUGUAUAUGUGUGGGCAAACCUCAAGAAGAAUCCAAGGUAUAGAAGUGUAAGAUUCUCUGAAACACAAAUUAGAUUUGAAAUUCCAAGGAUUUUAGCAACAAGUGGCAUUGCUAUACGACUCCUGCAUACUCACUAUGACCAUGCCACACCACUGCGCCCUGUUUCAGCAUCAUUACAAGGACAUACUGCCACAGUAACUCACUUUGUCAAAGAUGAAGUUCAGAAGGGAGAAGCAGAAAUCAGCAAAGAGCUCCAAGAAGAGUAUAAGCAACAAGAAUGUGAGUCUGUAUCAGUUUGUGAGGAAGAAACAAAAGUUGAGGAACAAGGUGAUACUGAAGUACAAAUGAGUUUUGUCCAGGAAGAAUCUGAAGCCACAAAAUGUGAACUGGAGAUGAAGUUAUUAAGUGAGGCAGUUUUCGCAGCACAGUUGUUGCUGAUAGAGAAUGCUAAUGAAAAGCCAUGUUUCUGUGAAGACAAUGAGGUUGAUUUAUGCCAAUUCACAACCCUGGGUGGAGUGUACCACUUGGAUAUUUUCGAACUUCCACCACAGUGUAAACCAAUGAAAGGCUGGAUGGUUGUGGAAAUACUCAAAGAAGGACUGCAGAAAUAUAUAUAUCCUCCAGAAAGUACAGAAGACUUUGAAACAGAAAAUGCUUUCCCACCCAUAGAGGUCACGCUUGAAGUUCAGGAGAAUGUAAUCUUUUUUGAGGAUCCUAUGGUUGCAAGGUGGGAUGCUGAAGGUAAACACUGGCAGACUGAUGGCAUCAGCAAUGUCCUUUACCAAUCAGAAGAAAGACUUAUAACAUUCAGCCUAGAAACUUUUGGCCCUGUUACCUUGAUUCAAGAUACUCAUAUUAACAUGCCAUUCCAGUCAUGGGAACUCAGACCACUUGAUGUGAAUAAAGUACUUUUGACUGUGACUACGGUAUUUACUGAGAUACAAAUACAAAUUAAGGAAAACCUCUGCAUGUUAGCAUCAGUCAAAGUAGACAACAAGAAACACUCCUCUACUUUGGAAGGAAGAUGGAUGACUCCUAUUUCUUUUAUUCUUGCUUUGAAAGAAACUGGAUUGAAUAUCUUUCCUACUGGACACUCUCAUUUUUAUGUUGUUAUAAAUCGUAAGGAACCCUUGGUAGAAAUUAAAGCUUAUCGACAACUGGCCCUGCUAAGUUCUGCUUUUGCAUUUGGUUGGAGCAAGUGGAAUGUAGAAUGUGGUUCAAAAAAAGUUAUAGUUAAGCUGAGGGAACACCUUACUGAAGAAGAACUUGUUCAGGAUCCUAACUGGACCCUUUUAAUGUUUAGUGGUGACAGAGCACAGAGGCUCAAAAUCAAUGAAAACAGUGAAACAUUCUCUGAAGCCCUUAAAGAAGAAACAGAGUUUCAUUCUACUCUGUAUCACCUGGUUAAGGAUUUUGCUUCCAAAGAAGCAAUGGAGAAAAUUAGGAGCUCCAAAUGCCAGUUUAUUGAUUCUGUAUGCUAUAUGCUACUCUCGACGAGAUUACUCAGCUACUCUUAAUCCCCAAUGGUAAAUUUUGUUCAGUAUGAAGAAUCAAGCA